UCCUCAACAGAUAUGUGCUGAGACAUGAAUCACAAGCAUAAUGUAAACAUUUCGUGAUGGGUAGCUCAGCUGUCACCCCCCCCAUCCUCCAAAAAAUGUAAAAGCCAGCCCUCCCUCAAUUAGUUAUUUCCGAUGAUCUCAACAAAAAACAAAGUUAGUGUGGAUGGAAUAUGGGGUUCAGUGGAGCAGCUCUUGUCCUCCGUUAGUUAAUUGAUGGUGAGUUCCUGGUCUGCUCUCCCUGGCACGACGGCAUUAUUUUGCUUCACUCUAACAACUCGACCUGCCGCGCCGUGUCGUUGCGCUCGGAUCGCUCAGAGUCACACCGACGAUGGAAGCAGCGCCUACUGCUGCCGCCGGUGGUGCGGCGGAAGACGGGCUGGAGGUGGUGGUGUUCCCAUGGCUGGCGUUCGGCCACAUGAUCCCAUUCCUGGAGCUCUCCAAGCGCCUCGCGGCGAGGGGCAACGCCGUGACCUUCGUGUCCACGCCACGGAACCUCGCGAGGCUGCCGCCCGUCCCGGCGCACCUGUCCGCCGGCCUCCGCUUCGUGCCGCUGCAGCUACCGCCCGUGGAAGGGCUGCCGGAGGACGCGGAGUCGACGGCCGACGUGCCGGCCGACAAGAUCGAGCUCCUCAAAAAGGCCAUGGACGGCCUCGCCGCCCCGCUCGCGGCUUUCCUCGCGGACGCAGUCGCCGCGGGCAGGAGGCCGGACUGGAUCGUCGUCGACUUCUGCCACCACUGGGUGCCGCCCAUCGCCGACCAGCACGAGGUACCAUGCGCCCUGUUCCAGAUCCUCCAUGCCGCCUUUGUGGCCUUUCUCGGGCCGCGGUGGGCGAACGCCGCGCACCCGCGCACGGAGCCGCAGCACUUCACCGUGCCGCCCAAGUGGAUCCCCUUGCCGUCCACCACCUUCUUCCUCCGCCACGAGGCCGAGUGGAUCGCCGGCACCUUGCGCGCCAACGCGUCGGACGUGUCGGACGCAGAGCGCACCUGGCAGGUCUUCGAGCGUUGCCGCCUCGUCAUCUGCCGUAGCUGCCAUGAGCUGGAGCCCCGGAUGUUCGCCCUCCUCUCCGAUCUCUUGCGGAAGCCGGCCGUCCCCUCCGGGAUCCUGCUACCACUACCAGAGGCACCCGACGACCACCGGCAGAGCGGCUCAGGCGGCGUCGCCCGUCACCAGGUCUUGCGAUGGCUCGACGACCAGCCUCCCAAGUCCGUCAUCUACGUCGCGCUGGGGAGCGAGGCGCCACUCACGCCAGAGAACAUCCAUGAACUCGCGCUCGGGCUGGAGCUCGCCGGCGUGCGCUUCCUUUGGGUGCUAGGAAAGCCUGCCGGCAGCAACAAGGUCGCCGGGCCAUUGCCGGCCGGGUUCGAGGAGCGGAGGCGGACGCGGGGUGUCGUCUGCACAGGGUGGGUGCCGCAGAUGAAGGUGCUCGCGCACGGCGCCAUGGGUGCCUUCCUGACGCACUGCGGGUGGGGCUCCACCAUCGAGAGCUUCGCCUUUGGGCUCCCGCUGGUCAUGCUCCCGUUCAUCAUCGACACGCCCAUGAUCGCGCGGGCGAUGGCGGGGAGAGGGAUCGGCGUGCAGGUGGCGAGGGACGAGAACGACGGCUCGUUCGACAGGGACGGCGUCGCGGCGGCGGUGCGGCGCGUCAUGGUGGAGGAUGAGGGGAAGGUGUUCGCGACCAACGCCAUGAAGCUGAAGGAGCUGGUCGUGGACGAGGGACGCCAGGAGCAGUACAUCCAUCAGCUCGAGGAGCACCUCAGGCGAUACAAAGAUGUGUAAUACACUAAUACUCACAAGUCACAACUGCCAUGCUUGUGCACUUGUAUCUUGGCUCUUGGGUUUUCAAUACUAGUCAAACAAUCCAUGCGCCUGCGGCUAGGAACUACACAAUUGUAGAUUAUUUUUGAAACGGAUUUGCUAA